AUGGCCCUCGCUGUAAACAUGGAUCAAGGCUGCCCGUUACCUUCCAUCUACAACAAACACGUUGGAGUGAAACAAUCCAUUGAUUCUGAAAUUACCUUGACCCAAACCCCAAUGUCGCCGUCAUCGAUGUUCAGUAGCUUCACUAGCAUGGAUGAUGUCGAUGCUUGCUGGGGAGAGAUCGAGGUCGAGGUCGGGGCUUUCCCCUCUGACAUCAACCAUGACGUACCUGGGGCGUUUUUAUAUGCCUUUGACAACUUAGUCCCUAUCCCCGUGAAGUAUCCUGAAUGUUCAUCAGCAGCCCUUCAGGAGGUCGAUCCUAAGCAGCCUACCUCACCGCUUCUCCAACCUGCCCCAAAUGACGAUAAAGCACUCACCACCGAUAACGGUCCCCUUUCUCGAAGACCAGACCUCUCUUCCAGCUCGCCCUCUCUUCAAGAUCCACCCUUUAUAGUUCAGGAUACGGACUCUCCCUCGCUUGAGGUAUCAGCUCUAAACUCCCCGGCAAUAAGCCCUCCCAGAAAACUACCUUACGAGUCGAAGACCAGGGAAUAUAAUUGCAAAGAAUAUUCUGAAGUGGAUUGCCCCAAGAAAUUCACAAACAGGAGGAAACUCGAAGACCACAUGCGGGAUGACCACAACAAGAGGGCUUAUGAAUGCCCAAACGAAGGAUGCGAACAUCAAAGCGCAAGAUAUGACAAUCUAAAACUCCACUUAAGAAAAUGCAACCCCAUGGGGCCCAGAUAUUCUCAUCCCCCAGAAGGGGGUCUCCAAAUUACACAAAAAUUAAAGAUUGGAAAUGGAAAGAGACCUCGGGCCUUCUCAGCUUCGUCUGAUGUAUCCACUAGCUCUCAAUGUUCGAAGCGGAAGCGGAAGCGAAUUGCUGGAAUUGCCAAAGAAAUGUUUUCUGUAGUAUCCACAAUGGCGUCUACGCCGGUCUCACUCCAGCGCCGGUCUGGGAGUAACUCCCCCUCUUUCUACCCCAGCUCACAAGAAACACUGGCCAACGAGGUUAAUGAAUCCGUUAGCUUUCCCUCCUAUCCCGGCGAGAAGAUCAGCCUAUUAGGUCAAUCAAUCAGCGCUGAGCAUCAGGUUACAGAAACCACCAGCUUCGAAGCAAGAGGUGGAACCGCUGAAGAUAUUGCUACAUUGCAUCAAAUAAUUAGGGUUCUGAAGGAAAAUGAAGAUAGACACAAGCAAGAGAUUUUGGAACACAAGCAAGAGAUUUUGGGACACAAGCAAGAGAUUUCGGGGCUGAUGGACGAGCUGAAGGAUACCAGGUAUAAAUUGAAAACUUGGAAAAAGAAGGCCUUGAAACAAAACCGGAAAUAUAGUUGUGUAAAAUAG